UGACUUCCGAGUUCAGGCGUUCCACGGAUACACGCUCCCGAUCAGCUCGCAGCGAACAGCCGAUCUCCGCCGUCAACAGCGCAGGAGACCCAAUUUAUCUCCCGCCACGUAUCCCGAUUCACGUGCCUCAUCCCAAGUACAAAACCUACCAGUGGUGGGUCCCACUCCAGCCCAUGGGUACGUGUCGCCCCUCCACUUGCAUGCCGAUACAACUCUCUUGUUCCACGGCGGUCCGCUCCUCCGCCCCGAUUCGCCCCGCCGCUCCGGCCCCGCCUCCCUGGCGAUGCACCUGACCGCUCCUCAUCUCACAGUUCCCCGUCGAUGAAGAUCCAACCCUUAGGGUUUCAAACAAAAAUUUCUGAGGUUAUUUCCCGUCCCUAAUUUCUGCUGAGGUUCCCAAUCUCAGAUCUUUCUCUUCCUAGGGUUUCGAUUUCGUUCGAUUUCCCUCCAAUUCCACCGCCAUGGUGCGGAUCUCCGAGAUAACGGAGGACGCGGCGAACAAGGAGGGCGAGCCGAGGGAAGGAGAUGGAGAGCCGGAAGAGGAGGAGAAGACCGAGGAGAGGCUCCAAGAAGAACGAGACGAGACGAAGGAGAGAACCCGAGAGCCGGCCGAGAGCAAUCCCGCCGAGCUGGCUACGCCGCCGGCUGAGGACCCUAACGAGGAGACCCCGCAGCCGGCCGGGAAAGUGCUCUCCAACGAUUAUGCCCUCCGGGUGGCCUACAUCAUGCGCAGCUACCUCUCUAUGCGGCAGGGCGGGGCGGCCGCGGGCACCGCCGAAGACGCCGCCGGCUGCGGGCCGGGGGAGGAGGAGAGGUGCCGGGCGAUGAUGGAGGUGGUAAGGAAGGAGAGCGGGAGGUGGGCUGUGUCGAGAGUCGUGUUGGAGCACACCCACCCGCUCGAGCCGCCGCCUGACCCCGCCGGAGCGCUCGCCGGCGGUGGGCUUCUGCCGAGGGUGGACAUGGAAUUUGAUUCCGUUUCGGCUGCGAAGGCAUACUAUAGUACGUAUGGUGAGAAGAUGGGGUUCAAGGCCCAGAUGGGCUCUGGGAAACGGUCGAGGGGUAAUCGGAUUUUGAUCAUGCAGAGGUUCUUGUGCUCGAAAGGGAGCUACCCUCCCUAUGGAAGUGCUGCCGAUAGUGCUGCGAGGAAGAGGAAGCGCGGUCCUUAUAAGAAGAGAGCUCAAAAGGAUGCAGAAGAAGCUAAGAAAGAUGGUGAAGUGGUAGAGGUAAUCCAGGUUGAGAGUUUGUCGAAGAAGCCAGGGGCAGUGGGCGAUGAGCACGGAGGAGAGGCCCAAGGUGAUCGGCCGAAAAAAAGAACAUUUCUGGCAGAGAGGGAUUUGAUGCCAAAAGAACCAGCAAGAGAGAUUAAUUCAGUAAAGGAUUCAGCUGCAGCGGACAAGGGGCAGGAUGGUGGAAAGGUACCUUUGGUAUCGAAUCCAGCUCAGUCUAAGUUGCUGAGAGAUCUUGGGAUAAGGGUGUCACGUUACACCCAUGAGGAAAGGAGGGAUAUAGUUCGCAAGUACAUGCAGAAGAAGAGCAAUAGACAAGCUGUCGAUAGAUCCAUUAAGAUUCCUUCCCGGCAAGCUCUGGCAGAAAGAAGGCAGCGAGGUGUUGGAGGCAAAUUUCUUAGUAAAGAAGAGAUGCAGACCUUGAAUAGACAGGAGGAACCAGCAGAAGAAGAGCCAGAAUUACCUGAAGAAGUAGUUGCAAAUGCUGGGGGAGUGCCAAUAGUUGGUAUGGUGUUUGAAAAUGAAGCUAAAGCCUAUGACUAUUAUGUCAAGUAUGCUGGAAGUGUAGGUUUCAGUGUUCGGAAAGGUGGGUGGGAUAAAUCUGCUAGAAACAAUACUCGAUCAAGGGUGUACAUAUGUUCAAGAGAGGGGUUUCGCCCUAAGAAUGAGGCAAAGAGACCUAGGCCCGAAACAAGAACUGGUUGCCCUUCACGGAUGGCUAUCAAAAUCACAUCAAGUGGUAAAUACCGUGUGACUGAAUUUGUGCCUGACCAUAACCAUCAGCUUGCAGCCCCAUUAGAUAUUCAGAUGUUAAAGUCUGAGAAGUUGUUAACAAAGGUUCAACCUAGAGGUUGCGAAAAGGCUAGUCUAAUCCCUGCUGGAUAUAAAAAUUAUCUACGGGCAAAACGUUCGAAGGAUAUGCAGGUGGGUGAUACAGGAGCCCUGUUGGAAUACUUACAGAAGAUGAAAGGUGAUAAUCCUUCUUUCUAUUAUGCCAUUCAAGUUGAUGAAUAUGAUCAAAUGACCAACGUCUUCUGGGCAGAUGCAAAAUCCAUGAUAGAUUAUCAUUAUUUUGGUGAUGUGGUAUGUUUUGACACAACCUAUAAAGCAAAUAAUUCUGGCAGGCCGUUUUCUCUAUUCAUUGGUGUCAAUCAUCAUAAGCAAACUGUUAUCUUUGGUGCAGCAUUUCUGUAUGAUGAAACUGUGGAAUCUUUCAAGUGGUUGUUCGAGACAUUCAAAACUGCAAUGAGUGGGAAGCAACCGAAAACAAUAUUGACGGAUCGAUGUGCAGCUAUAAGAGAUGCAAUAGGUGCUGUUUGGCCAGGUACCACCCAACAUUGUUGUGUGUGGCAAAUAUACCAACAUGCUAUGAAACACUUAGCCCAUGUCUUUGAAGCGUCUGAAACUUUUGCACAUGAUUUCAGCCAUUGUAUUUAUGAUUUUGAGGAUGAGGAGGAGUUUCUUGCAGCAUGGAACUCCAUGCUGGAGAAGUACAAUCUCAAGGAUAAUGAAUGGUUGACUAAACUAUACGAGGAAAGGGAGAAAUGGGCUUUGGUGUAUUGCCGGCAUAUAUUCUGCGCAGACAUAAAAAGCACACUACAAGAGGAAACCUUAAGUACUCUGCUAAAAGAAUAUUUGAACUCUGGAAAAGAUCUAUCAGAAUUCCUUAAACUAUAUGAGAUGUUAGUAAAUGAGCGACGAUAUGCAGAGGUACAGGCUGAUUAUCAUGUGAACCAAGGUACUCCUAGGAUACCUCCUUUGAGGCUGCUGUGGCAGGCUGCAAAUGAAUACACCCCUGCAGUGUUUGAAAUGUUCAGGAGGGAGUUUGAAUUGUUCAUGGAUUGCAUGGUUUACAGUUGCGGUGAAGUUGGAACGUUGUCUGAUUACGAGGCUACUGUCAAGGAUAAAAGUAAAGAGCAAUUUAUUAGGUUUGACUCAUCAGAUGGUUCUAUCAUGUGUAGUUGCAGAAAGUUUGAGCAUGUUGGUAUUCAGUGUUGUCAUGUACUGAAAGUACUUGAUUUCAGAAAUAUUAAAGAGCUUCCACCACAAUACCUUCUAAAGAGGUGGAGAAAGGAUGCUAAAGCUGGAAGCAUAAGAGAGGGUCAUGGAUUAAUGCUUGAUGGUGACCCUGAGACAUCUCAACUACAUCGAUAUAACUCUCUUUGCCGGAUAUUAUAUAAAAUUGCAGCAAGGGCUGCAGAAAAUGAGGACACAUUCACAUUAAUGCUUAACCAAACAGAUCAGCUUCUUCAACAAGUUGAGCGAAUUUUGCAAACAAGGCUUCUUGAGAAACCAUCCCUUGCUAAUGCCUCAAGGGAUCAACAUAAUAAUCUGGCUGAGAGUGGAGAUGUACAGCAUGAUAAUAACUAUGAAAGCCAAAAGAUGAGUGGGAAAAAGAAGAAUAAUGGAGGUGUACGCCACAGGCAUCAAAGUGAGCAGGAGGCAAAUAGAAGGCAAAAAGUGAGAAAAGGACAACCUGAGAAGGCAGAAGUUGCACCAGGGGACAAUGGACCUCAUGUAGCACCGAGCAAUGUUCCCUCUCAAUCAAGAAAUCCUUCUAAUCAGUUCCUUGCACCAAAUCAUUUUAUGCAGGGUCCUUAUGUAAGUCCUCAUCAAUUUGGACUUGGCACAGCCCAAAACUUUCAUCCCAUGGCCCAAUUUGGUCAGGACUCUUCAUCUUCUGCUUUACAGCAGCAACUGUUCCAUGGCAGUGCCCACUUGACUCAGGGUUACCCAACUCCUGAUAUUCAUGCCCUACAAUUUGUUGGGAGCAAUCCCCAGCUAGACCACCAGGGUGGUGACCAAGGGCACUGUGCUAUUCCAGUGUGGGAUUUCUUAUGAUGUCUAUCUCAUUCCCCAAAAUCUUGAUUGGAGAUCUAUUUGGGCAUGGAAGGCAAAGUUCUUUUGAUGUAAGUUUGUAAACUAGCUUGCCACAUCUUCCACGUGACGCGCCACAGCUAAAAUUCUGUACAGCAAACUUCAGAUGUGAGACGUGCAUAAUCAGCAAGCACUAGUCAUAUUUGGAAGAAAACAUUAAAAAGCAAUAUAGAAAUUAUGGCACACAGAUCAGUAGGUGUCCUCCAGUGUUGUAAGUCUGUGAUAUUUUCUCUUUUUUUCUUUUUGGCCUUUUCCCAUGUAUUUUGUGUAUUAGAGAUAGACUUUGUUGUUAAUCAUCAUUGUAGCCAGGAACUUGUAUUUAUUUUUGUCACAAAUAAAUCGCAUAUCAUCUAUCUUUAGAUCUUCAUCUUUUCACUGAAGGAACACUUUAAAGUUUGCAUGAUUGUCAAUAUUGAUAAUUCAUUUGGAAAAAGCUUAUUUUGGUGAAAGUCUUUUUAUGUUGCUCAUAUGUGUGCUCAUCUAGAACUAGCAUCACCUUUGUAUUUGUUUUCUAAGACUAGAUUUUCACUUUCCAAGUUUCGUAAGGUUGCCCUUGCAGCAACAUUCUACCUAGGGACUCGUCCAUGGAAGAUGAGAUUAUGUAGGCCUAAAAUUUGGCAAGCACUAUGUAUAGGAAAAUAAAUUUGGAUGGUCAUAUUCUUUUCGGCUUGAUUUUAAUUAUUUAACUUGAUGGAUGCACAUUCCCCACCUAUGUAUUUCUUUUUUUUUGUUUUUUGGAUGCCCUUUGUAAGGAAAUGCUAGCUAGGUAUGAGACCGUGGAAGAUGGGAUUAUGCACUAGAGAUUGGGCAUGUGCUAUGCUUGUAAGAAAAAGUAUGGAUGACUUUUUUCAUUUGAUAAAGAAUAUUUUAUCAAUUAUCUAAUUGGAUAAAUAUAUUUCAGCUAGGGAGUUAUCACCCUUCCUUCACAAGUAUAGAUUUUUACUUUAGCAAUGUGAUCCAGGAGGAACACUUGAUCUGUCAACUGACCACUUUGGGUAGGUCUGACAAGAUCUGGGAGCAAGAUCUAUUCAUUUGGGAAGUGAAACUUGGAAAGCCAUAAUUCUAAUAAUUUAGCAAUGUUAUAAAAGAUAAAGUUGAUAUAGAAGUCAAGAUCCAGCUUUUAUAAAAUCAAAAUAAUAAUAAUAAUAUUUUUUUCGUUUUGAAAUAACUAAUCCUAACUAAGAGGAAUUUGCCUUGGAAAAGGAUAGAGCUUUCUAAUAUAAAUAGGGAAUUUGUACCACAAUUUUUGUACACAUGGAGGAGGAUAAAAAUAAAAGUGUUUUUGCCUUCUCUCUACCUAAUUUCUUGUUUUAACUAGAAAAGAAAUCCAAUCCAAAUUCAAGAGAGUGAAGCUCACUAGUAUGACUCUAGGUAUUGGUUUUAAAUAUUCUUAAUGAAAGAAAAGGGGAUCUGGACCUUAUAUUUACUAUUUAUCUUAUUCUCUCUUAUUCUUUUGAGUGGUCCAAGUUGAGCAUGUUGAACAAAAUCCUUCUCCUUGACAAGGUCACAGCAGAACCAGUUUCGGUUGUCAGUUUCACAGAAUUUGCUUAUACUAGAAAAAAAAUCUGUUUAUCAAAAUUUUAUAUUAUAGAAAUUAUUGAUAUGAAUAAAAUUGGAAAGAUAUGUGAACCCCUAAUACAUGCCCAUCAUCCUAAUCCCCCCUUAUCUAUAAUCUAUACAAUUUAUAUUCAAAUUUUAUCUCUCUAAGUUGACCGAAUUGAUUUUAGGUUAUUGAUAAAUGAGUUUUUAAUUUUAAACAUGCAUUUGAGCAUGGUUGUGUAGUGUACUAAAUGGUACUUACACCGGGGAUGAGAAUUGAAUUCCCUUCUCGAAGGCUACAUGAAGCUUAAAGUGUUCAUAUUUUAUUCUCUGGCCUUUGCUUCCUCUUCUAUCGACUUCAUUACUGCAGGUUUAUAUUUCUUUCUGGUCAUCAUGGUUUUUAGUAGUUUUUUGAGUCACAAGUACCAGCAAGCGUAUGCUAUACAGGUGUCAGUGAGUUCUGCAUUUGUUUCUUUCAUUGGAUUGGAAAGAUUUACAGUUGCUAGAAUAGAAUUUUGUCGUGGUUUGGCACUUGGUGAUUGAGCCGGAGUUACUGCAUACAAUGAAAUUCAAGGAGGUUAUAUUAAUUAUUUUCGAGUGUGGUUGAUUGAUUACUACUAGAAAACAUACCAUAUUUAUUUCCUUUAGAUGAUUUAAAAAUACUUGGUGAAUGGAGCACAGGUAUAGCAUUAUUAUUGAAAAUAAUUUCAGACGCACUUCAAGCAGUUCUAAUCUCUCAUUAUCUUUUUGGUUUACCUUUUCCUUUCUUCUUUAAGCUUGUGGGGUUUGUGCAGGAUGGCUGUAGAGGAGGAUAGGGUUGUGAAUUAUUAUUUCUUACACGAAGGCUAACAUGGAUGUGAUUAAUGGAGCAAAAGUAAUGAACGAUUACAAAAGCUUCAGAUCGAAUGGUGUAAAGGGAAAAAUUUAUGAUAGAGUGGACGACGUCGAUUGGCUAAUGGCUAGAACCUACUACCCACCUUUGAAGUGACUGUAUGCGACUGAGGCUGCAGUUUAGAUGUGGAGUUUCACAAUUACUUGAAUUAUAGGCAUCGACAUGGCAUUGCUGCACCCUCUUUUGCUUGUUCAGGUUGGUCGUGGAUGGAAAGUCGUGGAGGUUGGCAGGAUUGCUCAUGCUUCUGUACAUCUGUUGGCACAAAGAUAAAGAAAGACGACUUGUUA